AUUGUUUCGUUUUUUGCACACAGAAAAUCGACAAAUGGAGGAUAAUAUUCUUCCUCCUGGAUUUAGAUUCCAUCCCACAGAUGAAGAAUUAAUCACUUAUUAUCUUACUAACAAAGUUUCAGACUUCGAAUUCACCACUAAAGCUGUUGCUGAUGUUGAUCUUAACAAGUGUGAACCAUGGGAUCUCCCAGGCAAAGCCUCGUUGGGGGAAAAGGAAUGGUAUUUUUUCAGCCAAAGAGACCGAAAGUACCCAACGGGACUGAGGACGAAUCGCGCAACGGAAGCGGGUUACUGGAAAACGACAGGGAAAGACAAGGAGAUUUUCCGGGGAAGCGUAUCAUUGGUUGGCAUGAAGAAAACAUUGGUGUUCUAUAGAGGCAGAGCUCCCAAGGGUGAAAAGACCAACUGGGUUAUGCAUGAAUAUCGCCUUCAUAACAACAACCUUGCUAAUUUCAACAACCCCACAAAGGAGGAAUGGGUCGUUUGUAGGGUGUUCCAGAAGAGUUCGACAGUAAGGAAGGCGCAACAGACACCUUCGUCGCCACCAUCGCAAGACUCCCCAUGCGAUACAAACAACGUUUACGCAACGGUAAACGAGAUCGACGACAUACAAAACUUCAUCAACAACAACAUGAUGUCAAUUAAUAAUUCUUCAUCAACUAGUAAUAAUUUUAUGAUGAACUACAUGAACACUAGUAGUGAUUCUAACCCAAUGACGAACUGGAGUGGAACAGCAUCAACUAAUAACUCUCUACCAUCAUUAAUUAAUUGGCCGCCAUUGUUAAGCACCAAUAAUCUUUCCAUGAAUGCUUUGCUUCUGACAGCAUUGCAGCUUAGAUCAGGCCAUCAUCAGCCAAGAGGAAGUGAUCACAAUUACUCUUUCAUGGCUCCACAGGCAAUUAAUAUAUCUCAGCAUGGAAAUCAUGAUUUCACCUCCAUGAAUAUCGACAUGGCUUCGACGUCUAACGAACUAGAUCCAGUAUCUCAGCCACCAAGCUUAUCGGAACAACCCUAUAAUGUGGACUCCAAUAUUUGGUGA